UUAAAUUUCUAUAUGAUUAUUUCAUAUAACAUAUACAUUCAUCACAUCAACCACCACAUAGUGCAAUUAUAUAACUUGUACCAUGUGGCUAUAAUUCACAGAAAACGACCAUUGAGAAGAAGAUAACGCUACAUAAUUAUAACCCCAUCUCAAUACACACCAUCGUCAUCGUGUCCUUCAUGGCGGAACCAUCGAACUCCUCCACCUGCCAUGUGGUGGCAAUACCAUACCCCGGCAGAGGCCACAUAAACCCUAUGAUGAACCUCUGCAACCUCAUUGCUCUACGCCACCCUUCCAACUUCCUCAUCACCGUUGUCGUAACCCAAGAAUGGCUCGGCUUCAUCCAACCCGAACCCAAGCCGUCUAACAUCCGGUUCGCUACUAUCCCCAAUGUUAUCCCCUCAGAGGUGAACCGGGCUGAUGAUUUCCCCGGUUUUCUUAAUGCUACAUUGACAAAAAUGGAAGAGCCUGUGGAACAGUUGCUUAGGGGGAUGGUGGUGCCGAUAAGUGUUGUUAUAUAUGAUACUUAUCUUAGUUGGGUUUUGAAUAUGGGUAGCCGGAUGAAUGUUCCGGUGGCGAGUUUGUUCACGAUGUCGGCCACGGUGUUCGCAAUGUUUUAUUAUUAUCAUCUCCUUGUUGAGAACUGCAAUGCCGGAGAUAACUUCUCAGGAAACAUGGAGGAAUUAGUAGAUUACAUUCCUGGAGUUCCUCCAACUCGAGUUGCUGAUCUUGUGACAGUCUUUAAUGGCAAUGGGAAAGAAGUUAGGGCAGCAACUUUACAAGCCAUUUCAAUGUCCGCCAAAGCUCAGUUUCUUCUUUUUCUAUCGGUUUACGAGCUCGAAGCCCAAGUUAUCGACGCGUUAAACUCCGAGCUUUCCAUACCCAUUUACGUGAUUGGACCGGCGAUUCCUUACUUUAGGUUGAACGACAUGCAAAAUGACCAAAAUGCCCCUAAAUACGUCAGAUGGUUAGACCGUCAACCUUUGGCUUCGGUUUUGUAUAUUUCACAAGGGAGUUUUCUUUCGGUCUCGGAUGCCCAAUUGGAAGAAAUCAUUGCUGGUGUACACGAUAGUGGUGUACGAUACAUGUGGAUUGCACGUGACGAAAAGACUCGGUUUAAAUGUGAAAAUGACGAAAAGGGGCUUGUUAUACCUUGGUGUGACCAAUUAAGAGUGUUAUGUCAUGGUUCCAUAGGGGCAUUUUGGUCACAUUGCGGGUGGAAUUCAACGAAGGAAGGUGCUUUUUCCGGGGUGCCGAUGCUCACUUUUCCAAUAUUUUUCGAUCAAGUUCCAAAUAGUAAGAUGAUAGUGGAAGAUUGGAAAAUGGGAAGGAGGGUGUCGGUUGGAGAGGGUAUUUUAGUCACACGAGAAGAAAUUUCAAAACUCGUUAGGAGAUUUAUGGAUCGGGAAAGCGAAGAAGGAAAGGAGGCGAGGAGACGUGCAAACGAAGUCAAGAAGAUUUGUCGACAAGUGAUCGCAGAAGGAGGGUCUGCUCAGAUAGAUAUCGAUUCGUUCAUUAGCGAUAUUUCAAAGAGUGGAGUCAAUAAUUAAUAAAAUAUGUAUCGUGUAAUGUAGUUUAGGUGUUGCUUAUUUAAUUAAUAAUGUUAUUAAACCUAGUUUGUUUUCUAACA